GUUCGAGCCGUCACCCGGGCGACGCGGCAGCCCCGGCGCCUGCAGCCCUAAGGGUCCGGCUGGGCCGCGGCGGGCGGUGGCCGGCGGCAGGGAUCAGUAUUGAGGAGUAGAGCACCCCGGGGUGUUGUAGACCCCCUCGCCCCAAUCUGAGGGCUACUGGUCCCUGUGAGGGAGAGGAGCCCCUUCCUCGCGAAGAGCAGCGGCAGCCCCGGGCGGGGCGGGCAGGGUGAAGGAAGAUCCCGGAGUCUUCCUCAGUGCUGGAGCUGUGAAGUGGAAUGCCAUGGCCAGUUCCUCAGACAGUGAAGAUGACGGUUUCAUGGCCGUGGAUCCAGAAGACGCUGUGGUCGAAGGGACGAUGGAGCAAGAUGAUGAGCCACAUGCUGAGCUGGAGGUCGAGCAGACCAGGCACAACAGAUCAAUGCUGGAGCUCCCAGAAGAGGUUUUGGAGUAUAUCCUCUCCUUCCUUUCACCCUAUCAGGAGCACAAAACUGCUGCCCUUGUCUGCAAACAGUGGUAUCGACUAAUCAAAGGUGUGGCCCAUCAGUGUUACCAUGGCUUUAUCAAAGCAGUGCAAGAAGGAAACAUCCAGUGGGAGAGUCGCACUUACCCCUACCCCGGCACCCCCAUCACACAACGCUUCUCGCACAGUGCGUGUUACUACGAUGCCAACCAGUCCAUGUACGUGUUCGGUGGCUGCACACAGAGCAGCUGUAACGCCGCCUUCAACGACCUCUGGAGACUUGACCUGAACAGCAAGGAAUGGAUCCGACCCCUGGCAUCAGGUUCAUACCCCUCACCCAAGGCUGGGGCCACACUGGUAGUCUACAAGGAUUUACUGGUGCUUUUUGGUGGGUGGACACGGCCGAGCCCUUACCCUCUGCACCAGCCAGAGAGGUUCUUUGAUGAAAUCCAUACAUACUCACCCUCCAAAAACUGGUGGAACUGCAUUGUGACCACCCAUGGCCCCCCUCCCAUGGCAGGACACUCUUCCUGUGUCAUAGAAGACAAAAUGAUCGUCUUUGGGGGUUCGUUAGGAUCCCGACAAAUGAGCAAUGACAUCUGGGUGCUGGAUCUGGAGCAGUGGGCUUGGUCCAAGCCCAACAUCUCUGGGCCCAGCCCUCACCCACGAGGUGGCCAAUCUCAGAUCGUAAUAGACAACGAAACCAUUUUAAUCCUGGGUGGCUGUGGUGGUCCCAAUGCACUGUUUAAAGAUGCCUGGCUACUGCACAUGCACACCAGCCCCUGGACCUGGCAGCCGCUCAAGGUGGAGAAUGAAGACCACGGAGCCCCGGAGCUGUGGUGCCAUCCUGCCUGCAGGGUGGGACAGUGUGUGGUGGUCUUUAGCCAAGCUCCCAGCGGCAGAGCCCCUCUGAGUCCCAGCCUGAACUCUCGGCCCUCUCCCAUCAGUGCCACGCCGCCCGCCCUGGUCCCUGAGACGCGGGAAUAUCGCUCCCAGUCCCCCGUCAGGAACACGGACGAAGCUCCCUGCGUCAACGGCCGCUGGGGCACCUUACGGCCCAGGGCCCAGAGGCAAACCCCCUCGGGAUCCCGGGAAGGCAGCCUCUCCCCUGCCAGAGGGGACAGUUCCCCUGUCCUCAACGGUGGGAGUUUCUCACCGGGCUCCACGGCGGGCGGCGGGGCCUCCUUGGACAGCCCAGUGCAGGUGGUAUCGCCCAGCACACCCUCUGCCGCCGAAGGAUACGACCUCAAAGCGGGGCUGGCCCUGGCUCCGCGACGGGGCUCGCUGCCGGAGCAGAAAGACCUUCGUUUGGCUUCGGUCGACCUGAGCUGGGACCAGAAAGCGGCUCCCCUCGUGUGCCAGACGGACGGUGCUGAGGGCAGGACGGGCAGGAACCCCCCCGAGCAAACCAACGGCGUCCACACGCCGCCCCACGGCGCCGGCUCCCUCGCGGGGGCCGUGUCCCCCGGCGCGCUGCGCAGGAGCCUGGAGGCCGUCAAAGCCCUCUCUUCCAAAGCCUCUUCAGCUUCUGCAGCCUUGAGCCCUCCCUUGGCUUCGUCCCCUGGUUCCCCGGGUGCCGAGACGGGCUCGGCGGCGCGGCCGGGCUCUACCCAAGGCGACGGCCAUUCCUUACCUCCCAUCGCCCGCCGCCUGGGCCAUCACCCUCCCCAGUCCCUCAACGUUGGGAAGCCUUUAUACCAGAGCAUGAACUGCAAACCCAUGCAGAUGUACGUGCUGGACAUUAAAGACACCAAGGAAAAAGGACGAGUCAAAUGGAAAGUGUUCAACAGCAGUUCGGUGGUGGGGCCACCAGAAACCAGUUUACACACGGUGGUGCAAGGCAGAGGGGAGUUAAUCAUAUUCGGUGGCCUCAUGGACAAGAAACAGAACGUGAAAUAUUAUCCCAAAACAAAUGCCUUGUACUUUGUGCGAGCGAAAAGAUAAUGUGGCCCCGAGCCCUUCGCCGCCGUCACCUCCCCCCCCCCCCCCCCCCCCCUCCCCCUGGCUCUUCCCUCUCCUUUCCAAAGACCUUUUUACUCUGUCAAACUGUGAAAUUAGGCAGCGAGAAACCAAUAAAAAGUCCCGAGCGAAACCUCCAGCGCUGCCCCAGCAGUUCCCAGUAAGAGCCCAGUGAAGCAAAUGGUGUUUACGGGACCCGCCGUGAUCCGAGCUGAGGAUUUGGGGUGAGCAGGUAGGGAAAUCUCUCUGGAGGUGGGUUUGGUUUUCCAAAGGGAAGGCGUUUGAGAGGUUUUUGGAUCUCUCCAGAACUCUUCCUGGCAUGUGUGUGACAGAGGCCGUGGGCUUGUGCUGCUGAGGAGUUCUGGGCUCGACUCUGGAAGGAAAACAACAGCAAUACCCCCGUUCCCCAGCAGCCUCCCAGCGCUGCAGACCUUUGCUCCACACAAACACAAUGCCUUUUUGUCUUUUGCCUCUCGCCCCUUUGGCCUGUCACUCUCCCGUCCCCAUCCAGGACCCUAAAGAGCAAGAAAGGACAUGGAGGGGGGUGGUUUUGAGUCAAAAUGCCAAAAAAAAAAGAUGAAUUAGCUGGGUUUUAGCAUCCUUCCCCAUCCACCUGCCCUGGAUUAUGCUGGAUCGAGCUUCAGGAUCAGCCCUGAUCCCUCCUGUAAAACGCCCCACACUAGUAACUCAAUAAAUCCUAUUCUUGCCCCAAAGCUGAGACUUUUGGCUGCCCAUUCCCUUCGAGACUCCGAGGUUUGCCUUUCACUGGACAGCCCAAACUCAAAAAGCUGGACCCACACCUCGUAGCCCGGGACCAAGGGUGGGGUUGCGUGCUUUUUUUCCAGCCAAAAGAUGUGUCUCAGUGAACCUGAGGGUGGGAGCAGCCCCAUGGCAGCAACUCCAGCUCAGCUUUGCACGUGCCUCCUCCUGCAAAGAGUCCCAACAAAAAACCCAAAGGGAUCCAAGCUGUGUCCUGGGACAACCUCUGCCCUUCCCCCUCGAGACAUGGAGGGGGGAAAAAAAGAGGCAGAUUCUGCCAACUUUUGGCCAACAACCUGCAGCACCUGGAAAACAGGGAACCCUCCCCAAGCCGGCAGUGCCAUGACGUGGCCCCUUUUCCCCCCCUCCUUUAUUUCCCCCCCACCACUGAGCUGUUCUCUUGCCGGUCGGAGCCUUAAAUCGCAUCCCAGCCGCACGGGGAUGAGGAGGGUUUUGCUUCAUCUGCGGCUUUUUCCACCUCUGUAAAUAAAUCUCAACCUCUCCCAAUCCCAAACUCAUCUGAUUUGUCCCAAGGGGAAGCAAAAUGCCAUUUCUUUUUUAACCUCAGGAGCACCUGGGAGGGGGGAAUGUGGGAAAUAGUUAUCGCUUGGAAGCUGUGGUUGGGCUUUGGGCAGCGAGUCCCUCCUUCCCUUUGCAUGUCAAUUGUCAUCACACCCCCCCCCCCCAAAAAAAAGAGCUGAAAAAGGGAUGAAUGGUGGGUUCUUGUCCUUUAAGGGGUGUUUAUGUGCUCUCCAUGUCCUAAAAUCUCCCUAAAGUGUCUCCAAAUCCACUCAGAUGGCCCCAAAAUCUCCCUAAUUGAUCCCCAAAUCCCCCUCCCACACCAAUUCCAAAGCCCCCCCAAACCCACUGAGCAGCCAAGGCCAUCCCUCCUCCAUCCCCACGGGUCACAGAAAGGCAUGUUCUGCGCCCUCAAUGCUAAAUUCAUCCCCAAUUAUAACAGCUCCCACCCCAACCAAGCUGCUGGUGCUGUGAGCGAGGUGUAUCCCCCCCUCCACGACUCAGGUGUGUGUCCCCCACCCCCCACGUUGUUCCCCUCAGGCUCAGCCAAGCAUAGGAAUGAAAAAGCGAUUUUUGGUGAUAUUUAAAACCUUGUGUACAUUUUUUUGGGGGGGGAGGGUGGCGGGAGGGGGUUUCUGGGUUUCCCUCCCCCCUUAUCCUG